AUGGAAAAAGGAGCAAGAAAACUUAGUGAUGAAUAUGAAGUCACAACAAUCUUGGGAAGAGGCGGGUUUUCUAUUGUACGAAAAGGUAUAAAGAAGUCAAAGGGCGAGUUUGAAGAUGGUCAACAAGAAGUGGCAAUCAAGACAUUGAAAAGAGUUGGUGGUGGUGGUGGCGGCGGAGGUGGUGGUGGGGUGGUCGGAUUUCCAAGCCGUAAGCAGGUUUUGAUCUCGGACGCUUUGCUAGCGAACGAGAUCAUGGUAAUGAAAAGAGUGGUGGAGGAGGUAUCUCCUCACUGUAACGUCAUACAACUACAUGAUGUUUGUGAGGACCCCACUGGGGUCCAUCUGGUUUUGGAACUGUGUUCCGGUGGAGAGUUGUUUGACCGCAUAGUGAGUCAAGAACGGUAUUCCGAGGCGGAAGCCGCCAAGGUGGUGCAACAAAUUGCUGGCGGUCUAGCAGCUCUCCACCAUGCCAAUGUGAUUCAUAGGGAUUUGAAGCCGGAAAAUUGUCUCUUUCUUGAUAAAAGCAAAAAUUCACCAUUAAAAAUAAUGGAUUUUGGGCUGAGCUCGGUUGAAGAGUUUACUGAUCCAGUUGUGGGCUUGUUUGGGUCCAUUGAUUAUGUGUCACCAGAAGCAUUGGCCCAACAAAAGAUAACAUCCAAAUCUGAUAUGUGGGCUUUGGGUGUCAUUUUGUAUAUUCUCCUCUCAGGGUAUCCACCUUUUAGUGCCCAAUCACAUCUUCAGAAGCAACAAAUGAUUAUGAAUGGGAAUUUUAGCUUUUAUGACAAAACAUGGAAUAAGAUUUCUUCAUCGGCCAAGGACUUGAUUUCUAGCUUACUAAAUGUUGAUCCUCAAAAACGACCAACUGCUACUCAGAUUCUUAAACAUCCUUGGGUGAUUGGAGAUUCAGCAACCGCACGCCAAAUUGAUCCAGAGAUUGUUUCGCGGUUACAGAGCUUCAAUGCAAGGCGCAAGUUUCGUGCAGCAGCGAUCGCAAGCAUGUAUACAAGCACCAUUUUCUUGAGAACAAAGAAGCUCAAGAACUUGGUUGGAUCUUAUGAUCUUAAUAAAGAGGAGCUUCAAAAUCUUAGAAAUCAUUUCAAAACAUUAUGUGCAGAUGGAGAAAACGCGACACUUAGUGAGUUCCAAGAGGUACUAAAAGCAAUGAAAAUGACGUCACUUAUACCUUUAGCCGGACGAAUCUUUGACCUUUUUGAUAACAAUCGCGAUGGAACGGUUGAUAUGAGGGAGAUACUUUGUGGCUUCUCAAGCCUCAAAAAUCUCAAAGGAGACGAUGCACUUCGCCUUUGUUUUCAGAUGUAUGACAUGGAUGGGUCGGGGUGUAUCAGUAAAGAGGAAGUUGCAUCAAUGCUUCGGGCAUUACCGGAUGACUGCCUAACUAUUGACAUCACAGAGCCUGGAAAACUAGAUGAAAUAUUCGACCACAUGGAUGCCAAUAGCGAUGGAAAAGUAACAUUUGAUGAAUUUAAAGCAGCCAUGCAAAAAGAUAGCUCGUUGCAAGAUGUUGUCCUCUCUUCACUUCGCGCUAAUUAACCAUUUUCAUGUCAUUUCUUUUGUUAUGUAAAAACAUACAUGAUGUUGAAACGAAUGGUGAGAAUUUGCAAGUAAGAUAGGACUUCGAAGUUUGUAAUGAAUCCCUCGGAUACAUUAUUCAUAUGAAUACACUUUGUAGUCAUAUCAUUCUUAUCAUUUUGGUUUGAUUUUAUUCAAAGGGUUAAUGUCAUGAAAUGAAAAUCAAUAGUAGAUACUUUGCUAUUUAGGUC